AUGCUUCGCUCCUCGCGACAGCUUUUGCGUCUGGCCCCGCGCUCAGCGGCGGCUCCUUCAGCAGCUUCUCCCGCCUCCUUCUCCACGAGAGCCUCGCCCUCUGCUCUUCAAAGCUCCAGGAGGCCUUCGGUGGCUCUCCAAGCCCGGCUCUCCCCGCUGUCACUCGUUGCCCGCUACACAAACUCUCCGUAUGACAAGAUCGACAAGAAAGCCGAGGCAGAGAUAGCAAAGAAGAAGCUCGAAUCGGAUCCGGAGCACGUCUCGACCGAGUCCUCAACGCGCCAUGUCUUUGAGCCUGCGCCUGCCAAUCCCGAGCGCGACCAGGAUCUCCAAAAGGGAUUGAAAGAGGAAUUGAACAUCGUCAAAGACACUUUUAACUUGAGCGAAGUUCCCAGGGAACCGUAUGCUCUUGGUCUGGCUGGCACCCUGCCCUACCUGGCAACUUCGUUGAGCACCAUGUAUCUCAGCUGGGAUAUCAAUCUUGAGUGGCCGUCGACUUCGACCUUUGCAAACAACAUCUACAUGAACCAGGAGUCUGCGCAGUACUGGCUCAGCUUGCUUGAGCCCAUUCAACUUGGCUACGGAGCCAUCAUCAUCUCCUUCCUCGGCGCUGUUCACUGGGGAAUGGAAUACUCCGAAAAGACCCCUUCGGCGACUCGUACAAAGUUCCGCUACGGCAUGGGUGUUCUCGCUCCCAUGCUCGCCUGGCCGACUCUCCUCAUGCCGAUCGAAUAUGCCCUAACUGCCCAAUUCGGUGCAUUCACCUUCCUCUAUCUCGCAGACACUCGUGCGAAGAACAGGGGCUGGACCCCGCAGUGGUACGGAACAUACCGCUUCAUCUUGACUGCCAUAGUUGGUGUCUCUAUCUUCAUCAGCUUGGUUGGCCGCACCAAGAUUGGAAACGCUCAGCCUCACAUUGGUCAAGAACUUGCCGAGAGCAAACACUGGGCCAAGACCGACAAGUCCCGCGAUUGGGACAAGUUGGAGGAGGAGGAGCGUGAGAGGAUCAAGAAGGAGAAGGAGGAAAAGAAGAAGAAGGAAGAGAAGAAGGCUAAGAAGGGCGGCAAGAGCAAGAAGGAGGAAAAGGGCGCUGAGAAGAAGGACGACUCGGACGAAAAAAAGGACGACUCUGAAGAGGAUGAGUCAAACUCUGAGUCGGAGUCCAAGGAUGAGUCCAAGGAUGGCUCCGAGGACGAGAAGAGCGACGAAGGCAAGGAUGAGAAGAAGGAGAAGUCCAAGGGCAAAGAAGAGAAGUCUAGUGGCGAAGAGGAUGACAGCAAGGAUGAGAAGAAGGAUACUGAGAAGGAAGACAAGAAGGACGAGGCCAAGGGCGAGAAGAAGGACAAGGACGACAAGGAGGGCAAGAAGGAGAAGAAGGAGUAA